UUCACCGUAGAAUUCGAUGCUCCUGCAAAAAUGUCAAGAGUCAACCCUUUGUCGGGUCCCCCCCCGUUCGGACGCUACGAUGCAAUAUCUGCCGGCUCCCCCAUGGCGACCGGCUCCGAAAGGGAAGCGCUCUGCGACACUGCGGAAACGCCCCUUUUUAGCAGAGACGGAGGAAGGUCUUCUUCAUGGGUUUGUCUUCUGUUUCAGCGUCCAAGGCGAGGUUCUUCCUGAGACGAUACGGUCGCCGAAUCAUGCGCUCCAAGAAGCUGCAGCGUUAUCGGAUCCUCGUGGCGCUGUUGUUGGUCGUGAUUCUGUGGCGACGGGGCAGCGCGUCUCUCGGCUCAUGGAAUGGCUCUUCCAGAAAGCUUCCCGGAGGGGAAGGAAUCAAAGUGGCUGUUUCACAAGCUGGCUUGGAUACACCGAGCUCCGAGGUGGCCCGGCAGAUGUUGGAGUCGAGCGGUGAUGGUGAGAACUGUUCGCUGGGGCCGCCGUCCGGGGCUUGUGAAGGGAAGAACUGGACCGCAUGUGUCGAAAAUGGGAUGAACGGAACAUUUCUUGUAAUCCGGAACGGCGGAGUGACUCCUCUGGAAGUGAACGUGAGCUUCUCGCCUGCUAACAAUAUCACUAUCGAUGAUAUUCAAGCAGCGAAACAAAAGAAGGUUAAUAUCACCGCGUAUGUCGGAGGAAGUUCUUCAAUCAUGUUGGAUGGAGGAGAAGGGGUUUGCGUCGUGCACGCGGUCUUUCCUUCGCCUUCUCCCCCUUCAAUUACGUCGGGAUCAGAUAAAGGGAUCUCCCACGUCCCCGAUAAUCCACCGGCUUCGAAUGCAUCCACUGUUGCUGAUGUCAGAAAGUGCUUGGCACCGUCCAAGAGUUGCCUAGCAAAGAACUUGACUGCCUGCCUCCAUUACAAUCGCAACGCUACAAUGGAAACUUUACUUUUAGUCCAGAAUGGUGGGGAGAUUCCUCUGACGGUGAACAUCACCUUGUUACCGGCCAGUAUCAGUCUCGUCCCGGUUGAUUUACCUUACCGACAGUGGGAGACGGUAAACGUGACAGACGAAGUUGGUGCAAGUACUUCAAUACAACUCAGUGCUGGAGAAUGGAAUUGCGUGGUCGACGUGGUCUCAGAAAGCAACUCUCCAAAGCGGUUCUCUUCUUCUGCAUGCGCCGCUCUUUUCGCUUCGGGAGUGGUAAUUCUGGCGGCGGCGUUGGUGUAUUGGAAGCUGCAGGGGGCGCCGGCCACGGACAGGGGUUACGAGCAGCUCCAGAUGGGCACGGUGAGAACGAACUCCACCACAGGAAGAACAGUCGAAACAGCAGGAGAAGGCUGGGAUCAGAGCUGGGGCGAUGAGGAUUGGGAUGAAGAGAAGGCAGUGAAGUCACCAGGGAGCGUGCAGAAAGGGAAUCUCCAUGUAAAUAGCUUUAAAGCUGAUUAGUGGCCAUGAUUGUUACUAGCUUUGUUAAUUAUGUCCUAAUGAUCAUGACUUUGGUCCAUGCUCUGGGUUUUACAAAA